AUCCGUAUUUGGCUUUUUGAUCGUUCAGGAGGCAUUGGCUCCCAUGCUUUUAGCAUACAUAAAGAUCUGAAAAUGUUUAUUUGAGUUAUCACUGAGUUUGCGACUAUGGAAGAUUCUCAGCUUGGCUAUGACCCCUCUGUCCUAGUCUACCCUUUUAGUAUUGGUCGUAUGGAUUUUAAAAAAGAUAUGCAUUCAGUAUCGGAGGGACAAAGUGGUAUCACAGCAGAAAGUAAAAUCGAACGAUUUGUAUUAGUUAAAAAAAUAUUUCAUCGGGCUGUCAUAUGCGGCCGUGCUACUGUCUGUUGGAAAGCACAUCGUCUGGACGAGGAUGGUAAAGAACUAAUGGACAAAGCGUAUAUUAUAAAAGACUCCUGGCGUUCCACCUUACGGGAUUAUACAGAAGGCGACCUUCUUAAGAAAGCAACGAUUGCAUUAAAAGAUACUGUGAAUUCUCGAGUUACGAAGUACUACUACCACGAAGAUGUUACUAUCUUUCCAAUAUCUGAUCCCGCUGUUUACCAACAGUCUCAAGGGAGCAAAAUAGUUG